AUGGUGAUCUAGCAAACGAGCAACAAAGAACAAAUUAUUCCUUUUCUACACGUCUACAGACGUUAAAAGUGCCUCACAAGUAUACGCAGUGAGGCAUGGCUGACAGUGGCGGAACUUCGUUUGCAUCUGCACUCGGAUCCAUUCCAGAGCCACAGCAGCAACAACAACAACAACAACAACAACAACAACAACAGCAACAACAACAACAACAACAACAACAACAACAACAACAACAACAACAACAGCAGCAACAACAACAACAACACCAACAGCAGCAACAGCAGCGGCAGCAGCAGCCUGCGUACCGAUGCAAGGUGUGCAGCGCCACAUUUUCUCAGCAGGACCUCCUGCAGUCGCACGUGAAGACCACGCACGGCCAGGGCGAGCCGUACCUCUGCCAGAAGUGCGGCAGCGUGACAUUCCACAGGGGCCAAGAUCCGGUGAAGUGCCACAUAUGCGAGAGCAUCGCGUCGUCGAAGACGAACGACGCCGUUGCCGCGCCGACGACCAUCGCCGACGCCGCAAUGACGUCCGCCUCCAGCUCCGGCAACUUCUCAUUCCCGAACUUUUCGAUCAGCUACAGCGGCAUGGAGAGCUCGCAGCUUCCGUACGGCCUCCCGUUCGCGCCGCAGCCCGUGCCGAACGACACGUGCCGGGCGUGGAACACUGUCGAGAUCUUUCAGAUGCGGGAGAAGGUGUACACGUGCGACGAAUGCCGCGCUAGCUUCAGCGCGCUCGACAGUCUCAAGGAGCACCUCGCGACGCACACGGCCGUCAAGCCCUACCAGUAUAAGAUCCGUGAGAAAUCGUUCAGCUGCACCGAGUGCAACGCGAGCUUCAGUCGGCAGGAGAGCCUCAACGAGCACAUGGUGACGCACAUCCCCCCCGUGUCGAAAACCUUUGACGCGUCCGCGGCAGGGCUCGUUGUUAAGACGGAGGGGAACGGCGGCGGGACGACGUUCAGCGAUCAGGAUCGUCUGAAGGAGCUGGCGACGCUCGCCGCGCAGCAGCCGUACCAGCAGCCGCCGCCGCCGCCGCAGGACAAGUCGUACUCGUGCAUCGAGUGCGGAUCUGUGUUCACCGACCAGAUGCUGUUCACGCAGCAUCUCGCGAGCCACGCCGCCGUGAAAUCGUUCUUUGCGCACCAGUACAAGAUCCACAGCUGCACGCUGUGCGGCAUGAGCCUUCCGGACGAGGCGGCGCUCAAACAGCACCUCGCAGCUCACGUCACCGAGAAGCAGCAGGCGACAUACAACCCGUUCGAGGUGUACACGUGCGACAAGUGCCCGUCGAAGUUCGCGACCGAGCACAGCCUGAAGGAGCACAUCCUGUCGGCACACCGCGUCGCCGACACGCGCCCCGAGAGUUCCCCGCUGCGCGACGAUAACUUCAAUUGCGACGAGUGCGGAGUGUCGUUCAACGACGAGGAUAGCCUCAUCGGACACCUCGCGACGCACGCGACGGGCAAGGCGAACGACGGACAGAACAGCGACGACGAGGACAUCGUCUGCACGCAGUGCGGCGAGGGGUUCCGCGAGGAGGAGGACUUCAAGGAGCAUCUGAUCUCGCACGCGGCCGAACGCCGCGCCGCGACGAUGCAGUUCAUCAACCCUCCGAGCAACGUGAGCAACGGGGGGAUGAGCGGCGGCGCGGUGACGAUCCAUCAGCCGGAGCCGCUCAAUGUCAGCUUGCUCAAGUGCAGCAUCUGCAUGGCGACGUUCAACGACGUGACGACGCUGCAGAAACACGAGCUCGCGCACUCGCUCGAAGCGGCCGUGUCCUUCCGAUGCAGCAUCUGCAACACCAAGUGCAUGAGCCAGAAGGAACUCGACGCGCACCUUAUCAGCCACACGAGCAGCAGCCUGUUCCCGUGCGGUCAGUGCGCCGACACGUUCCUCCAGAAGGAGCUGCUUGACCACCACACGGCCAGCGUCCACUACAAGGACUUUGCGAUGAUGGAGCCGCACAGUGACGCACGGCAGAAGCCGCGAAAACGACGCAGCAGCGGCGAGCGGCCCUACGCGUGCAAGCUCUGCGGAGCUUCGUACUCGUACCGCAGCGGGCUCUACGCGCACAAGAAGGUUCAUGCGAAAGAGAACGCUGCCGCUGUCAAGGAAGAAGGGAAGGAGUUCGCCGUCGCGGUGGUGGCGCCGGCGAUGCUCGACGAUCGCGCGCCGACCCUCGGAGACGGCGCGGACAAGUCGAUAUGCGACGUGUGUGGCGAGGUGUGUAGCUGCAAGGAGGAGCUGGAGCAUCACAAGAGCACGCACGCCGUCGGCAAGGUGAAGCUCUACCGCUGCGACGCGUGCGGCAACGCCUUCCGCCAACUCGCAGACCUACAGAAUCACAAGCGAGCAAAGCACGAACCGGACGGUGGCGCCGCCGCUGCUGCCGCCGCCGCCGCCGCCGCCGCCGCAGCCGCCGACCAGCUGUUCAAGUGCGAUAUCUGUCGCGCGACGUUCAUGAACAACAACGGGCUUUCGCAGCACAUGCGCUCGCACGACGGCGACCGCCCGUACAAGUGCCAGCAGUGCACUGCGUCGUUCAACAGCAAGGCGGGCCUCGCGCGACACAUCCGCACGCACACGGGCGAAAAGCCGUACCGCUGCGAGGAAUGCAGCAGCACGUUCUCCGACCGCAAUGGGCUCAUCUCGCACGCGCGCAUACACACGGGCGAGAAGCCAUUCAAGUGCGAGAUCUGCGCAACGACGUUUCGAGCGUCAUACACGCUCAAGUGUCACAAGCGCACGCACACCGGUGAGAAGCCGUACCGCUGCUCGGAGUGCACCGCCGCCUUCACGCAGCCGCACAGUCUGAAGACGCACAUCAAGACGCAGCACAGCUAGUCCCAAGUCCACGACGGCGUGCGCGGUGUGUGCGAUAGCGCGCGUGCGCAGGAACCCGCGCGUGCGUGCGCAGGAACGU